AUGCUGAAACAAACAUUACGCACUGCAACGAUGUCUAGAUCAUUCACUUCUGUUGUCUCGAAAGCUUUCUCUGAAGGUGCUGCCCUUGAUGCUUCGAAGUUACAAAUUACAAAAAAUCCAAAUCCUUCUUCCCCAUUGCCAAAUGAUCAAUUAAAGUUUGGUCAAACUUUCACUGACCAUAUGCUGACUAUUGAAUGGAACAAAGGUAAGGGAUGGAGUGCUCCGGAGAUCAAACCAUAUGGUCCUUUAGUAUUGGACCCAUCUGCUUGUGUUUUCCAUUAUGCUUUUGAAUUGUUCGAAGGUCUAAAGGCUUACAGAGCUGCCGAUAAUAAGAUUACUAUGUUCCGUCCAGAUAUGAAUAUGAUUCGUAUGAAUAAAUCUGCUGCUAGAAUCUGUUUACCUACUUUUGAUUCCGAACAAUUGAUAACUUUGAUUGGAAAAUUAAUCGAACAAGAUAAGAACUUGGUUCCAGAAGGUCAAGGUUACUCUUUAUACAUUAGACCAACCAUGAUUGGUACCACUGCUGGUUUAGGUGUUUCUACUCCAGAUAAGGCUCUACUAUAUGUUAUCUGUUCACCAGUAGGACCAUACUACAAGACCGGUUUCAAAGCCGUUAGACUCGAAGCUACAGAUUAUGCUACCAGAGCUUGGCCAGGUGGUGUUGGUGACAAGAAAUUGGGUGCUAACUAUGCUCCAUGUAUCCUACCUCAAUUAGAUGCUGCUACCAGAGGUUACCAACAAAACUUGUGGUUAUUUGGUCCAGAGAAGAAUAUUACUGAAGUCGGUACCAUGAAUGUAUUCUUUGCCUUUAGAGAUUCCAAGACUGGUAAAAAAGAGUUGGUCACUGCUCCUUUGGAUGGUACUAUCCUAGAGGGUGUCACUAGAGACUCUGUUCUUGCUUUAGCACGUGAAAACUUAGACCCUAAGGAAUGGGAUGUCAAUGAACGUUACUACACCAUCACUGAAGUUGAAGAAAGAGCCCAAAAGGGUGAACUAUUAGAAGCUUUUGGUUCUGGUACUGCUGCUGUUGUAUCUCCAAUUAAAGAAAUUGGUUGGAAUGGUCACGAUAUUAACGUCCCAUUGCUACCAGGUGAACAAAGUGGUCCAUUGACUAAACAAGUUGCUCAAUGGAUUGCUGAUAUUCAAUACGGUAGAGCACCACAUGGUAACUGGUCCAAGGUCGUUGCCGACUUGAACUAA